GUUAACGGAAUUUUGUGCUCCGAAAAAUUCUCAUACAUAUUCUCUUUGGUGUUAUUUCUCGUUUGUGAAUACAUCAUCCUGUGUGAGAGAAAAACAAAGUAUCAGAAAGCUAUGCUCUUGGAACGUUUCCCUUGGCUCAAGUUCUUUCAACCUCGACCCAGCAAAAGUGACACAACCUUAUCUGGCGCACACGGUUCUUCAAAGGGGAAACUUCGACUGUUGCAUCUUGUCUUUCAAUCCAUAUCUGGAAUUUCUCCCGCUGGAUCAGCCGCAGCCACUCUGACAGCCGCAGCUUACUAUGCAAAAGGAGCUUUACCUUUUGCACAACUUUUGUCUUUCAUAGCAGGUUAUCUUUUAGUCAACACCACUUGGUGGUUUUCGAGACAAGUAGCAACUUCAGGUGGUUUUCUUGGUUUCGCAGCUGCAGGAAUAGGACCUCGAUGGGCGGGUCCUCUUUUUUCAGGAGUGAUAGAGUCACUUACUGGAAAGACCUAUCCUACCAAAGUAUGGGUAGCAAUACUCAUUGGUUUCUAUCUUCUCAUUGCAUUAAUGGUAUUUUCUGGCAUUCGCUUAUCUUUGGACGUUGCUGCCUACACUGGAAUAGUUGAGCUGAUAUUACUCUUUGUUAUUGCCGUAGUUAUUGCAGCUAGAGCUGGAGACCUCAAUACUGGACAAGCAUUCAAUCCUGAUAAUGCCAAGAAUCGUCCAGACUUUGCUAUUGGAGCAUUGUUAUCUUUGUUUACGGUAGCAGGCUAUUCCUCUGCUGUCAAUCUUGCUGAAGAAGUUUCUCGUCCUCGAAAACAGAUCCCUAUCGCUGUUCUUAUAGCUUACACUACAUGUGGCUCUAUAUUUGUGAUUACUGCUUAUGCUUAUACUAUUGGCUGGGGAUACAAACAUAUGGACUCAUUUGCCAACGCUUUAGUUCCUGGAAUAAUCCUAACUAGACAAUAUGCGGACGAUUUUCUGGCUUGGCUGUAUUUUAUUUUUAUAUUUCAAUCUACUUUUUUUAUUUGUGUAGCUUCCUUAUUAGUAGCUGUUCGAAUAGUGUUUGCUAUGGCUAGGGAUGGUAUCAUUUUUCCUUGGUGGACAGCCAAACUUUCGAAAACGGGAGAACCUCAUUAUGCCACUGCACUGAGUUUGAUAGUAUGCUUUAUUAUAUCUCUGGUUACUGGUCUCAUUAUGGGUAGUGAUGAUGGUUAUAAUUUCUUAGCAGUUUGUUCAACUCUUUCGAUUUUUUCUGCUCAUAUUUUAGCAAACACUUCCUUACCCUUUUACUUUAGGAAAAUCAAAAAGUUUCGUGUAAUUUUUCAUGCCAUUGCUCCUAUAUUAGCCAAUUGCAUGUUAUUAUUUGGUAUUUUUUUUACUAUGUAUCCAUAUGAUCCUCAGACAUUAGGUGCACCUAUAUGGACUGGAAUUUGGUUGAUUGCUACUUUCUUAUUGACAUAUGUUACUCCAAAAGAGAAUCUAGACCUAUACAUGAAGAGACUAAAUAUCCGUUCUUAUGAUUCUAAAGCAACUGGAGGAGAAAGAAAUGGGGGUAAUACUGGAGAAGAAGAUGGAGUCGAUGACGCUGAAUCGCAGAAUAUCGUCAACAAUGGCAAAGUGGUUGAUGAAAUUGUGCCACAAGUAACAUUGGAUGGGAAAGGCAAUGAAUCUCUUGAAGAGAUAUCAAAGCCAUGAAUACUUUGAGAUUCAUAUGAAUUCUUAUUAUGUGUGUUUUCUUUUGUUUUGUGGUCUUUUGAGUUGGUUAGAAUAAAUGCUAAUCUUGCAUU